CAGAAGUGGUCAGAGAUGUCUGUAGAACCCACCGCCCACUCCAGCCUCAGCCUGCAGAAACCAGCGCCGGGUUCCAGCAAGGGUCGGUCCCCUUCCGGCGGGGAUGCUGACCUGAUGACCAUGUGACAGGAAGCCCCAGCCCCGGAGAGGACACACCCUGUGUUUCUGUCUGUCCGGAGGGCACCCAGGUCUCCUCCAUCCUCACGGCCUGGACUGCAGGGAGGAGACGCCAUGGCCCCCUCCCUCCCCGCCCUGCUCUGCCUCGGGCUGAGUGUGGGCCUGAGGACCCAGGUGCAGGCUGGGACCCCCCUCAAACCCACCAUCUGGGCUGAGCCGGGCUCUGUGGUCCCCUGGGGGAGCCCCGUGAGCAUCUGGUGUCAGGGGAUCCUGGAGGCCCAGGCGUUCCGUCUGGAUAAAGAGGGAAGAACAGUUCUCUGGGAGAGACAGAAAGUACUGAAAACCAGGGACAAGGCCCAGCUCGCCAUCCCACAGAUGACUGAGCAGGACGCAGGGAGCUAUCAGUGCUACUACCUCAGGGGAACUCGCUGGUCAGAGAGCAGUGACCCCCUGGAGCUGGUGGUGACAGGACCCUAUGGCAAACCGCACCUCUCAGCCCUGCCGAGCCCUGUGGUGACCUCGGGAGGGAACGUGACCCUACAGUGUGGCUCCCGUCAGGGAUUUAACAGGUUCCGUCUGACCAAGGAAGGAGAAGAUGAGUCCUCUCGGACCCUGGAUGGACAGCGGAGCCCCUAUGGGCAGACCCAGGCCCUGUUCCCCGUGGGCCCCGUGAGCCCCGGACACAGGUGGAGGUUCAGAUGCUACGGCUUUAACAGGGACACCCCCCGGGUGUGGUCGGCCCCCAGCGACGCCCUGGAGCUCCUGGUCUCAGGGCUGUCUGGGAAGCCGUCCCUCCUGACCCCGCAGGGCCCUGUGGUCACCUCUGGACAGAACCUGACCCUGCAGUGUCACUCUGAUGUGGGCUAUGCCAGAUUCGCUCUGUCCAAGGAGGGGGGCCGGGACCUCCCCCAGCGCCCUGCCCGGAGGGCCCAGGGGGGGCUCUCUCAGGCCGACUUCCCCCUGGGCCCGGUGGGCACCGUCCACGGGGGCCGGUACAGAUGCUACGGUGGACACGGCCUCUCCUCUGAGUGGUCGGCCCCCAGCGACCCCCUGGAGCUCCUGGUGGCAGGAGAGGGGCCAGCGGGACUGCUCAGAGACAGACCCUCCCUCUCGGCGCGGCCAGGCCCCUCGGUGGCCCCGGGGGAGAAUGUGACCCUGCUAUGUCAGUCGGGAAACAGGACGGACACUUUCCUUCUGUCCCAGGAGGGGGCAGCCCAUCGCCCCCUGCGUCUGCGCGCCUGGGACCAAGGCGGGCGGUUCCGGGCCGAGUUCUCCUUGAGUCCUGUGAGCUCGGCCCACGGGGGCACCUACAGGUGCUACCGCGCGCUCAGCACAGACCCCCACCUGCUGUCCCGGCCCAGCGAGCCCCUGGCGCUCCUGGUCUCAGGAGGUUCAGAGGAUCAGCCUGCCCCUCAGUGGACUCAGGAGCUGCAGAGUAAGAGCCUCACGUGGUACCUGAGUGUCCUCAUUGGGGUCUCGGUGACCUUCGUCCUGCUGCUCCUGGUCAUCCUCCUCCUCCUCUUCCUCCGGCACCGGGGUCGGGACAAACGCAGGAACUCGGAUGCUGCCAUGAGCGACGCACAGUCUGAGGUGGGGCUGCAGCUGGACCGUCGGCAGGCUGCCACGUCCGAAGCCCCCCAGGAUGUGACCUACGCUCAGCUGAACCACUAGACUGUCAGAAGGGGGACAGCAGCCCCCACCCCGGCCCCCCGUCGGGGGAACCCCUAGCAGAGCCCAGUGAGUACGCCGCUCUCGCCUUUCGCUAGCCCAGGAAGGACCCAGACCCCAGGCUCCAGGGACCAGACCUCAGGGACCCCAGGAGGCACGGGAGCAGCCAGCAGUGGAGAUCACCUAAAGACCAGCAGCCAGUCCCUGGGCUCCUAACAGACCACCAGGGGCCCCGGGACCCUUUCGGGUCAACCGGUUCUACCCUCAAAGAUAACUAAUAUCCUGACAUUUGGGAAAUAAUGCAACAGAUCUGCCUAAAAUCAGUGUGUGGCUGAAAAGUAAACUGGAUCCGAGCUCUACUCCCUUCUGGAGGCUGAAAGGGACAGUCUGACUCAGUUUCUUGGAAUAACAGAACUUAUUAUGCUGGUGGGAAUCAGGCUUCCCAUCGGCUGAGGGCCCUGCCUGGCUUCCAGAAGCUGUCCCAGUCCUUGCCUUAGGGGUACUUGCUUCGUCUUUGAAGCCCAAAUGGGAGACGAGAAUUGCUGCCUCUCCCUGACCUCAUCCGCUUCCCUCUCCCACUGCUGAGCACUCCCCGAGCUAAUUUAGGAUCAUGCCCCCUUCUCUCAGCUGCAGCUGCAUGGUCCUUCUUGCCACAUGAGGUGACGUGCUACAGGCUUGGGGGUGGGAAAGUAGCUAUCUUUCUUGGGGUGGGGGGGUCUUUAUUCUGCCCAUCACACAUUGUAAGUGUACGCACCAUCCAAUGGUUACUAGUAAACGUACACAGUUGUGCAACCAUCAUACAAACCAAUCGCAGAACACAUUUCACCAUCCCUCAGACUUGGCUUGCCUGUCUCUAGGUGUGCUCUGAUCUCUGCCCUAGGUGGCCACUGAUCUGCUUUUUGUGUUUAUAAAUUUGCUUUUUAAGGUUUUUCAUAUAAAUAAGAUCAAAUUAAUACUUAAAUCUUAAUUUGAUCUUAUUUAACAUAAAUAAGAUUAAAAAUAUUUAGUCUUUUCAUUCAGGCUGUUUCCCUAAAUUUAGCAUAAUUUCAUUUCAGUUUUUUCCGUGUUUAGCAUUGGACUAUAGUUUCUUCUUUUUACUGUUGACUAUAUUCCAUGGAUUGUAUUACUGUGUUUUGUUCAUUCAU